AUGGCUGAGGUCCUCGGGAAUAGCAUAAAGAAUAAGCUCAGGGAGGGUGUAUGGAAAAGAAUUACAAUCCAUCCAGAGAUGGCAAAUUUGACACAUUCUCAAUUCGCGGAUGAUACACUCUUGCUUGGUGUAGUGUCGAUUAGAGAAGUAGAGGCAAUCAAGGAAACUUUGGAAGAAUAUGCAAGGGAGUCGGGCCAGCACAUGAAUAAAGAAAAAUCACAAAUUUUCUUUCUAAAUACUAGCAGACAGAAUCAGAAUUCUAUUUUGCAGAUCCUGGGUUUUCCAAAAGGAGAAUUUCCGCUAAAAUAUUUAGGAAUUUCAAUAGGAACAAAAGCGUUCCAAAAACAGCUCUGGGAAGAAGUGGUUAUUAAAUGCAAAGGGAAGGUGGAUUUGUGGAAAAAUAAAUGGCUAUCACAGGCUGGAAGGAUACAGAUGAUCAAGUUUGUAUUGUCAGCUAUACCAAUAUAUAGUAUGUCUUGCUUCAAGAUGAUCAGGCAAGCAUAUAGUAGUGUGGAUGGCUUGCUUAAGAAAUUUCUAUGGGAAGGCUCCAAAGAAGUAAGGAGAAUACUGUUGAUCAAUUGGGACACUGCAUGCCUCAUCAAGGAGGAAGGAGCAGCAAGACUCAGAAAAAUGGAAUUGUAA